GAUGGGAAGAGGAGGUCAAAUGAGCUGCUAAGGAUGCAAGACGUGUGCAACAGUGCACGUCUCUAGGAUAUUAUCACAUUUAGAAUAAUUUAACGUUGGAAUCGAGGCUCUUAUAAUAUGUACAAGUACAGGUAGUAGCACGUUUAAUUCAGACCAACCUAAACUCGUUAAAGUGUGCAAAAGUCGUGCUAACGUUAGCUGACGCUAAAUGUCGCGUGUUCGCUGAGCGAUAAUGUAAUGGACAUUUGCGACCUUAAAUCUGCCCCAAUACUUUUAUUGUUAACAAUCACCUAGUGCUUAUAGGUUGAAAACUUUGACUCGCAACUUCGCUAGCCUAGUUUUGGAGGAUUUGUCCUGUGCUGGGAGCUCGCGCCACGGUCGUAGCAAGUCAUGUUUCACUCUGUGCCCCGCCGUGUCUCCACCGAGGUCAGUGUUAGGACACUCAGGCUUCCGGGGGUCAGAUCGUUCCGGCGGGUUGCGCAGGAGGACGACGGCCGAGGCUCGGCACAGUGGCUGGGCAAAGCUGUGGGCCUGCUCCUAUCCACGCUCCACCGAAUGGGCGUCCUCGCCGGAGGGACCGCCACGAGAUCGGCAAACAGAGGCAAAGGUUUGAUGUCCAUAUUCGCGGACCACUGCGGCUUCGUCACCGGCCAGAGACUGCGGCGUGCGUGUCGGAUCGCCGAGCUGUACUCCAACCUAUACUCUGAGCGGACCCGAUGGACCCUGGUGGGCAGCUUUUGGCGCAGGUUCCAGAGCAAGCAUCCCUCCCCGGGCAAGCUGAUCGCGGCCCUUGCAGGGGUCUUCAUGUGGGACAAUGAGAAGAUUCAAGAUGAGGAAAUGCACAGAUGUGGGCUGGAGCUGCAGGCCCUCGAGGCCGUCAAGAGUCUCAACGCAUACGCAGGUGCGGCGAGCGGUCGCGCGGAGCCCGGCUGGGAAGUUGUAAUGGAGAAGAAGGACUUCCGCGUGUGGAAGCGACUGAUCCCCGACAGUCACCUGUACGAGUACAGAGUGUUGGGCUCAUACACUGACGUCACACCAAGGCAGUUCUUCAAUGUGCAGUUGGACACAGAGUACAGGAAGAAGUGGGACAGUCUGGUCAUCAAACUGGAAGUGGUGGACCGGGACGUCAACACCGGCUCAGAAGUUGUACACUGGGCUACUCACUUUCCCUAUCCCAUGUAUUCCAGGGACUACGUGUAUGUCCGACGCUAUGAGGUCAACUUGGAAAGCAACUUAAUGAUCCUCGUGUCUAGAGCCGUGCAGCACCCCCGUGUUCCCGAGUCUCAGGAUUAUGUGAGAGUUCACUCUUAUCAAUCCAAGAUGGUCAUCCGUCCUCACAAGUCCUUCGAUGAGAAUGGAUUUGACUACUUGCUCACGUACAGUGACGACCCUCAGACCGCCUUCCCUCGUUACUGUGUCAGCUGGAUGGUGUCAAGUGGCAUGCCGGACUUCCUGGAGAAGCUCCACACGGCCGCAUUGAAAGCCAAGAACUUAGAGGUGGGCAUCCACGACUACGCCGCCGUCAUCAAGUCCAACGACAACGUGGGGCGUCAGAACCAGGAGCGUCUCAGCAACGAGAAGAAACACGCCGGCGGUCCCGGGCAGAUGUUCGCUUGACAUGGACGAGCACUGGGAUGACUUUGCAGAUGAAACCCUCCAAUGCCUGCUUUGUGGGAACCAUGUGUGUGAAGAUGUUUGUUUGUUUGUUUGUUUGUUUUUUUGGGUAGAUGAAGUGUCAAAAAGAGGACAUCGGCCAGUGUGUGAUGUGUGGUCCUUCUGACAUGAGACGCUCUGGCCAAACAUUUGUUGCUGGGCCUUUAAUGACAUGGCAGUGGACAUGCUUUUUGCCGUUUUUCCCCCAAUAGAUUUCUGCACUGAUACAUGAAGGCCUCAAUGGGAGAACACUGGUCUACACCCCCCGCUCUUCUUCAUAUGACUCGGUGUCGCUUUUCGUGCUUCUCUGUCCACACACUAAGAGGGCUUUAAAAACGUGCUAAACCAGUCCUUCCGCAGGAGGGGCGCAGUGUCUUUGAAACAACCGUGGAAAUCCUCACGUCCAACGGUACACGUGCACUUGGUAGUACUUGUUUGAGGGGGAAAAACAGCACUUCUCCAAUCCGUUCAUGUGUCACUGAACAAGCAGGAAAGGUGGGAUGGAAGUGAACUUAAAAACAAAAAGAAGGUUAGCCCAUUUCAACUUAAUUUUUUUUUUUUAGUUGAACUAAGAUUUCACACUGUGCUUUUCCACAUGAUGACUUCGUCUGACUGGAACGAAAUGAGAGGCGCAAGUCAUGUGAUACUCUGUAGUUCUGCUGUGUUCGUCCUGUGAUGAAUGUACAAAUAACGCACCGCUUUGAAAUAAUAAAACGCUUACAGCCUGGCAAUGGGUCGGACAACACC